GACCCAGCAUGCCCCGCCAUCAUGUCCUGGUCGGACUGUGCCUGUACUAGCUGAAUUGCGAUAGAGGUGUGAUUGAUUAGAAGGAUUCAACCAAUGACGAUUGUAUUGUUACCACCGUGUGAUAUGUCGCAGGCGGGUGACAACGUUACUACACGCCGGUGUAUUACAGGACCCGUGCCGCUCACGAGAUCUCUUCCAGCUGAAUGAAAAGCUCUGCUUAAGCUGUUUAGGUCAUCUUGUCCUGUUGUUAUUCAUCACGGUUAAUAUGAUUCCACAAUUCACGGUGUUUGAUGAGACCUCGCCCAGGGAAUAAUCUUCUGCUACCUCUGAAUGGUCCAUGGACAGCGGGCGUGAAGAGACAGUGCGAGACGACUCUUGCAGAAGGUGAGAGCCUUCAGAUCAAGUGGAAAAAGACGACUAGCGAGCGGCGGACGGGCGGUCGGUCGGCAAUCGAUGGUGCGACACACGAGGUUGGCAUGGUGUAACUGUAUGCCGGAGCUAGCCGAGUAUGGCGGCAGACCCAAGGAAGACGGACGAGAGUAACAAACGACGACCGUCGUCUGCGCCGAAAACCAGCGAAAUGACUAACAUACCCAAAAUUGUGUUAGAGGAUAAAGAUCGUGGGGACCCGGAUGUAUGUGUUGUAUCCCGUUACCAGACAGACAUGGGGCUACCGGCUGCUUCAAUGCCAAACUUGGCACUUGAUCGUUUCGGUGAAAAUAACUCCGAUGGAGGGUCCGAUUCUAAACUGGGUGUGUUCUGUUCCCCCCGAAUGACCCGUAGGUCCGUGGACCUGGACAGGGAUCCGAAUAAAAAGGACAUGGAAUGGCUGGAAGCUUUUGACCAAUCCAACUCACUGCGAGUACUCUCCAGCUCAAGCCGGGUGGGUAGCGCUAUAUCUCUUAAUAGUGAAUGCACAGCAAGGAGCAUAGGAUUAAUAUCCAACGAUUCCUCGUCAGACAGCACGUCUAUGUCGGACAGGUUCGCCGAGCCUACCGGCGAGAAGGCUGCUCAACUCCGGCGUUUAAUGUCCUACCCUGAGGAUCGAACUAGUGGUGACUCCGUGGUGACCCGGGCCUCUCAAUCCUGUGCCAAUCUCAAGGCUGCUCAGAAGGAAUCCUUAGAACGAGGAGACAUCACAGAAGCUAAGCUGUGUCUCCUUCCAUCCGAGUCCACCGAGACGUAUAGCCUUGACGAUGAUGAACUUCCCAAUGAUAAAUCAUUCGAGGAGGUGUACGACGAGGCUUAUAGACAGCAUAUUGUUUGCUAUAAACGUGGACCCAAAUCGUUUAGAGAUGGAAGAAUUAGACAAUGGCUACAGGAUAUGGAUAAAACACCGCAAAAGGAAGUUAGUGAGUGAUUCAAUUAUUAACGUGUACAGUUAUGACUAUGAACGCUGAAUGUCCUGUAUUUCCAAUAAUGGCACCAUCAAUGUCAAAUUCCGAUGGCCUGGCCUCCAACUUUACCAAGGUUAGGUAUCGAUUAUCAACUCAGCUGAUUGGAUCAUUAAAAUAGCUGUUAAUCAGAAAUGUGAAUACCUAACUUUAAACUAGUGGAGUUGUUACCAGAAUUAUCAAGCCAAACCAGAUGAUAUAUGUCAAGGAAGGCGAGUGUCGUGGGUGUUGAGUAAUCUUGUUGAGUAUCACUUUUCCGUACGGAUUCUUUGCUGUGUUGUGGAGUUUAGAGAAGGACAAUGACAUUCUAUAUUUGUUUCAUGUUCUGUUGGACCAGAGCUAAUGUGGAUUUGGAGUAACUACCUGUGUUUUGUUGUACCUAUUUUCAAAGGGAGAAAUAUCAACAUGUCGAGGAUCUGUAAGAAACAUUUUCUUUGACGUAGAAAGCAUCCACAAGCACAGUUCCUGUAGAAGAACACAGUUAGGCCAUGGCAUGAAUCUGUUUCAACUGGUACUCUCUAUAUUGUCAUGACUUCAAACCCUUUGCUAGAAUAACCCCUGUUCAAGUCGUUGAAGUUUGGUAUUGGUCAUAUUUUAAUUGUUUUCCUGAAUAGGUGUUCAGUUGGAACAAACACAAGCAUUCCUUUAUAUAUAUGUAUUUAUGAAUGUGUUUAUAUUAUGAAAUAUGUUUAUAUUAUGAAAUUAUUAUAACAAAUGGUUAAUCUUUUUUAUACUAUUUUUUAAAUGUUUGUAUUUGAGCUGCUGCAAAUAGAACGAAACUGAUUAAUAUUGCAUGUGAUUUGUGUCCUAUGCGGUCAGUAAAGGAGGUGAUAGCUCAUUUAGCACUUCAUCAAAUAUAUAUACUAACGUAAUGAGUUUACAGCCAACGACAGAGUUAACACUUUCCAUAUGAACAUUAUUUUUGACUUCCAUGUCAGCUUGAUGGAAUAUAGUGUUAAUUGGUUUAGUCUGCUCGGCAAUCUAUUUGACAGAUGAUGAACCGUACGAUUUGACAGAACGGGUUGUUUUCUGUUGUGAUCAAUACCAAUUCAUGGGGCGAUCUCUUGUCCGGAGUGACAUCGCCAUGUAUGGCAAACAACAUUCCAUCUCAGAAAUGAUCUCCUGAAAUAUUUCAGGGUUUUGCCGUUUCAGAUCGUUUGUUUCUGUUAUCUGGAGAUAUUCACUUUCAUUUCCAUUCUAAGAAUAUAUAUUACAAUAUUACAUUUAUUUUGAAUAGAAAUGGGUUUGAUGUGACGAGAGGAUGGUUAUGUUUACCGCCUAAUCUGAAUCACGUUCACAUGUACUUCAUAAGCUGGACAGGUGUGACUGGAUGCGUGACAUCUUGCGUGACAUGUUUGACAUGAUGUCAAUGUCAUAUGGUCAUUGCUGUCACUUGUAACAUGAUGUUUGGCAUGUUGUGUGACAUUUUGUGUGACAUGUUGUUUGACAGAUGUUUGACCUGUCAGUGUCACAUGAAGUAUAAUGUGUGGCAUGUUACAUGAUGUAUCACAUGAUCCUUGCUAUAACGUGUAACAUGUUGUUAGACACGAUGUGUGAUAUGUUUGACACGUUGUAUGCAGGUUUGACGCGUUGUGUGGCAUGAUGUUUGACGCGUUAUGUCACAUGUUUGACGCGUUGUGUAACAUGUUGUUAGACAUGAUGUAUGACAUGUUUGACACGUUGUAUGACAUGGUUAACGUUUUGUGUGACAUGAUGUUUGACACGUUGUGUAACAUGUUUGACGCGUUGUGAAACAUGUUGUUAGACACGAUGUGUGACAUGUGUGACACGUUGUGUGACAUGUUUGACGCGUUGUGUGACAUGAUGUUUGGCGCGUUGUGUGACAUAUCUUGUCAGACCCACCACAGCCACAUUUUAAUACGGGAUUGCAAUAUCAGGUUAACUAAUAAUUCAACUUAAGGGUUGAUAUGUCAUCUGCAAGUACCUGCCCUCACAAUGUUAUCUCGCUGAGCAAGGUGCGGGAACCUAACAUGACAUAUGAGAUAGGUAGAGGUAGCGGUAUCAUUUCAAGAUGUGUAACGCCGAUAUGAUAGUGAGUCACACUGAAGGUAGGGCGAUGAUGUUGAACAAUCGACACGAACUGCCGGGCAAAGAAAGUAUACACCCAUGUUUGAUGGUGGCUGAAAAUGAAAUAUGAAACAAAAGAGAAAUUGUUAUUCGAUGGUGAUGUAUUUGACACGAAUAUCAUAGUUGUGUUUUGGAUCUUAAGUUUGCGGUGUUUCGGCGAAUGUUUUCAGCCUAGUAACGUUCGAUAACGUUUGUGAUAAUUUGGUCAAUUCAAUUUUCAAGUGUUUACUUUCUUUAGCCCGGCAGUUUAGUAACCCUUGCGUGAAAAAAACAACUUUGGAAUUUAUUUAUCUUACUGUUAACACUACAUGAACAUGUUAAAGUGUUAUUUGCGGUCAUCACACCCUUUCGACUGUUAUUAUAUUUCUUUUGCAAUCGUAUUUAUUGGCAUAAUACCAUAAUUUAUACAAUUAUUUUAUAUUUUCAAUACAGGCCGUGUAUAUUCAUAGUUAUUUCAUACAACAACAAAUGACAGUAUUGAAUUGUUAAAUAUGUGUAUUUUGUUCUAUUUGAGUGUUGUUCGCGUACCUUAAUUUGAAUUUGGACCACAUAGGAAAAGUUUAUUUUUCAAUUUAGUGAACAGCUAGUGAACAGUCAGUAACAGUGGUCCAAAGUGAGGUAUGAGAAGGCCGAUCUGUCAAUUCAAGAGCACAAUUCGCGGUGGAUCGCCAGGAUCCGAAGCCAAAAUCCGUUUAUUUAUGAUUCCUGGUUUGUCCAGCACCAUACCGUGCUUCUGAUAAACGUUGGAAUCACUUUGGGCUUUCCUACUACAUGAAGCUGGCACAUGGUAAUAGAACUGAAAUAUUGUUCAAAGGGGUGUUGAAACCCAACUUACGCACUCGCAAUUAAAUAAGACACACAACUUUGGCUGGAGAUUGUGUUAAGUAAUGUACUCUCAUGUUGCGUCUUAUUUCAGAAACAGACAUAUUUCAGUCUGUUUUCCGUUCUGGUCGUGAUCAGUGAUACUAUUUCCCGGUAACUAGGUUUUCGGUUAGUGGUGGUCCCUCGUUAUCGUUUCUCAUCACGUUCUGUCUGGACUUUCUAAUACUCCUUUCAAUACCACCGAGCAUCACUGCCCCGGGCCUUGCGGGAUUCAUAUGCUGUGACAAUGCAAGUACAUGAAUAUAAAGCUAAAAGAGCCAAAUUCAGCUGGUAAAUAUACAGAUUUAUCAAACUCAUUUCUCGGUUAGAACUUUCUUUUAUAGGAUUAUUGACGUGUACUUAUACGUAAGCGUUUCGAAAUUACGAAUUGAAAAUAAAUUGCGAAUAAAUACUUGGGCAGACUACAAUGAUUUAGCCAACAAAUUAUGGUUUGUUAAUGAAUGUUCUGGAAUUUAUGUUAUACUAUUUGAGAAAAUGUGAGUUUUUCUAUUUUCUAUACUACUCAAAAGAAGUUGAGGACACCCUAUAUUUUCAUAUUACUAUAGUUAAUCUGUCAUGCCAUCGUAUUAUUGACAUCGUACUAUCUUCUGAAGACCAAUCUAAUGCAAUGGUAAUGUCUGAGAUGUAAAGACACCAGGAGAUGUAUAUCUCAAUAAAUCCUCGACUGAUUGGCUGACAUAACCAUCUGUCGCUCUUUCACUCGCCAUGCUGUGGCCUUCUGAACCGUCAUAGAGAGAUGAAUACUUGUCUCCACGACCCAUUGUCUCCAGGACAACUGCUGUGUUGCGUUGCCGCGACCCUUUAGUUAGUCCAGGAACAACAUAUACUCAGAAAAUGCUCGUUUGCAAUAAAGGACAAGAACGCCCGCUGUUAAUGUCAUCGGACAAACAUUAGAGAUACAGUAAAAUCCGAUUGAUGAGAAGGACCUAUGGGAGAAUGUUGUCUUACAUGUGAAGAGAUAGGUACAAAUGGCUCGUAAACGGACGUAUACACCACACGCUCCUUGAAUGUAUCAUAAUCAUUUGCCUGUGCAGAUGGCGGUGUUCCUUGACGCUCCAGUACAUAUCACCGGGUGUAGAGUUACGAUUGUGUUUGUGUCUGCAUGACCAGAACGCGUGUCAUUGUAUUCUCGGCAAUGGAAGCAUCUACUCCACUGGCGUAUUUCGCAGUUUCUACAUGAAAACAAGGAGCGCUCACGAGACAGUGUAUUGUUUAAACGAUCGAUUGGACAAUUCUAUCGUCUGCUCACUGCCGCCGAAGCAGCCGACAAUUGUCGUCUGCUACUAAGAAGCUCGGGCAUGUGAUAUGCAUAAAGCGAGAGGAAUUACAAGCUUUUGCUGAUACAAUCAAGCGAUUGUUGAGGAUUGCGGCAUCUCAAUAGCGACUGACCCUCUUUUGGCUAAACAACUCACAAAUUAUCUGGGAUAAUUCACUGAUAUGCUUACCCGCCAUUAAGGGUUGUUUGGUUCUGAAGUCUCAAUAACAAGUAAAAUGACAGAAUCGAUUUGCGUGGAGUAACAGCAAGAACCCCAGACAUAUCGUGCCUCCCUCACAUGACUGGGUUUUCUUUUAUAUAAAAUAGUUUCCAUUACCUCAUCUCUGCCCCUUGUCGUUAAGCUGAAGUCGUUCGAUAGCGGAGGUCGACCAUUUAGACCUACAGACCUCUUCAAAACAUGAUAAUUGUCAGGGGACAGAACCUGAAAGUUAGGACGACACCCUGCCACUGCGCGUUAUUCCGGUCACUGCAUUAUGAGUCUUCUGUCACCAAGCUACAAUCACAAGUCUAAUCUAGCCUAGAUCCUUGUAAUACGUUUCAGUUGACAGUCGAACCUGUUCCCACUUGUUAAACAGGACAGAACGUGGUCGAUAUUCGCUGUUUGGAGUAAUAUGUUGGCGGCAUUAAGAGCUUGAGAGAAAGUAUCUCACGAGAAUGUCGCGCUCAGAGACAUGAUCAAAUGAAAAUAAUACACGGACCUCGAAGCCUAGGCGAACAAACUGCAUAUUUCCAGGAACUACUUCUAAAGAUCAGGAUCAAUACUAUAAUCACCCAUACGAUAUUCCAAAAGUCUGUAGUUUCGGGUUAUCGCAUUGCUAACGUUGACUGUCAGUUCCAUGUUCACAUACAACGAAUGGUUUAGUUUCAAUUUCACCAUUCGUUUGAUGUGAAAGAUUUCUGGCAAAAUAUUCGUUCUCGUGACAUUUACGACAUCUUAUCGGCAACGCUUUGACGACGAAACAUUAGCAUGUUCAAGGACUACAAAUCCACCUGGGGCCAUGGUAGAUAUCAGUGCAAGCAGGCAUGUGCCACGAGCAGGUUACUUUAGCUAACUAAGAUCUCUCUAAUGUGUCCUCCGCCUAUCAAAAACACAAAUGGGGCAAAAUCAAUCUUCGCACUCACCGACGUCAGUGGUCUGUGGGUGGGUGAUAUCGUAUACAUAUUAGCUUAAAGGAUGAGAUCUAAAAGCUAUUGACACACCUGGCGAAGCCAUUAUUAAUUUUACCGUAUCUUUCAAGUUGUAUGGCUUUGAUGGAUGUCCUGGGGACCCUUUUGGAAGCUUAGCAGUUGAGUAAUGUCCACCUUUGCUGAACGUGACAAAUUACCUAAGAAACCCUUGAUCCAAACUUAGCCAUAAGUGAUGUCAUUUUUUGCAGAAAAGUGAACCCUUCUCCAAACUGAGCUUAAAGUGAUGUCCAUUUUCCGCUGAAAGGUGAACCGUUCUCCCAAUUCAGCUUGAAGUGAUGUCCAGUUUUGUUGAAAAGAGAACCCAUCCCCGAAUUCAGUUUUAAGAAAUUACAAUUGUUGCGGAAACGAGUUGAGCGACAUUGCGAACCCUUCUCCAAACUGAGCUUAAAGUGAUGUCUAUUUUCGUAGAGAGGUAAACUCUUCUCCCAAUUCAGCUUGAAGUGAUGUCCACUUUUGAUGAAACGAGUUGAGCGACCUUGCGAACCCUUCUCCCAAUUCAGCUUAAAGUGAUGUCCAUUUUUGCUGAGAGAUAAACUCUUUUCCCAAUCAGCUUGAAGUGAUGAUCACUUUUGAUGAAAAGUUAACUCUUCUCCCAAUUCAGCUUGAAGUGAUGUCCACAUUUUUUAUGAGAAGUGAACUCUUCUCCCAAUUCAGCUUGAAGUGAUGUCCAUUGUUGCUGAAAUGUGUUGAGCGACCUUGGGAAAUUUUCUCCAAACUUAGCUUAAAGUGAUGUCCAUUUUUUAUGGAAGGUAAACCCGUCUCCCAAUUCAGCUUUCAGUGAUGUCCAUUGUUGCUUUGGGAACUUUGGGAACCCUUGCUCCAAACGUGAUGUUUACCGUUACUGAACUUGAUAAAUUACCUAUGAACCGUCUGUCCAAAUGCGGCCAUAACUGAAGUCAAUGUAGCAGGGCGUGGAAUCAUCCCACAGAUGACAUCCUUACCUUGUGAGCUUGCUGACGGGGUUAACCUCUUUGGUCAUGUGGAGAAGGCGUCCGACCUCUGAUCAGAAGGUCCGCGGUUCGAAUCCCAUCACGGGACUCGGAAAUUUAAUGGCCGCUACAUUUGCGCCCAACGUAGGGCUGAGCACGUUUAUAUUAAAUAAGAACAAGAUAAGACAAAGUACCCUACUAUGCGGCCCGGGACGUGUCUUCUGUUGACGGGAGAGUAUCUAGCAGAGCUUAGAGUCAUCCCACAGAUGACAUCCUUACCUUGUGAGCUUGCUGACGGGGUUAACCUCUUUGGUCAUGUGGACAAGGCGUCCGACCUCGGGUCAGAAGGUCCGUGGUUCGAAUCCCAUCACGGUACUCGGAAGUUUUAUGGCCGCUACAUCAAGAAUAUAUCCAAUACAUAUUGGUUUCAAUCAAUCUGCCACCUGGCCUUUGCUUAUAGUACAUAUAUCCUGAAUACACCUUUAACAUGCCUGCCCCCGCCAUAUACAAGGGGGAUUAACCAACUGUUUUAUCCCAAAUUGAAAGUAAUUGUUUUUAGAUUGCGAUGAUACAGGUGGAUUUUGGACAAUGAUUGCUUGAAUACAAUUGUUUGUACGAGUUUCACAUGAAACUGUUAAAUUUCACCGCCAUAUUAAUGCAUGAUUCAUUUACUGCUGAUGUAGCAUUUUAAACAAGUGCUAUGCAAUAGGACAUAUUAAAGAAAGCAAAAAAUGCAAAGUCAACGAAUGAAGUCUGGCAAACUUGUAAACCUAGUGUUUUUAUGUUGAUUGUAUGAGUAUGCUCAUCUCUAAAGGAUAUUUGUGAAAUUCCAUUUAUUAUAUGUAUUUUUAUUACAUUGUUCAUUUAAGUCAAUAAGUCCAUUAAGGGCAUGACUUACGACUUGUGUUGUGAUGCGCCAACACGAGGAAACAAAACAAUGGCAUUUGUUGUGAUUAUUUAAUUGUUUUAUUCUACUUGUUACACAUUGCAAACAUCCUAUACACAUGAUUCAAGUUGUUUAUAUUUGUAAUGUUAUUACAUGCCAAUUCUAUUGUUAUAAACGUUUAUACUAUCUUCGCCAUACAACAUGGACGACCGGAAGUGCUAAGGGUACUUACCUCCCUUUGUAUAUCAGCAAACGUCAAACUGUACGUGUCACAUUGAAUAGAGCUUAUUGUUACCA